AUGCCCCUGUGGAGCCGCGUGGGUUCUUUUCAGAUUACGAUUAAUUUCAGCGGUCAAUUAUUGUGCUACAUCCGCACGCUCUCGUCGCCAGGUUGGAUAUUUAAGGAUGCCACUCUGCAGACACGUCGUUUCGUGCGUUUUUCUUUCUUCCAAACUUCGUCGUCCCAGGACUUGCCAGCUGCUGGUUUAUAUCCUCCUAUAUCCUCUAUAUAUAAGCCAAGCCAAGCCAAGCCGCUUUUCCACAGACCUUCUCAUACCUCAACACCAUCACCAUCACCAUCACAACUACCAACAUGCCUUCAGCCGGCAGCCCCUCGUCCAAAUUCCCUCCGUGCCCUGGCCCGCCUCCCUCGGGCCCGCUUCCCCCGCUGCCCAAGUAAAGGGCCUCCUGCUCUACGAAUUGCAUGA